GCUCCAGCUCCCAGGUCUCCAAUCUCCCUAUACAAUGACCAUCAAGCUCUACGCCAACCUCAUCAGCCAGCCCAGCCGCGCGGCCGAGUGGAUUUUACGCAUUAAGAAGCUGGACCACGAGUUCGUGGCCGCGGAAUUCGGCGCUCCGAUUUUCAAGUCGCCUGAGUUCCUGGCUCUCAACCCGAAUGGCCUCAUCCCGGUGUUGCAAGACGGCGACUUCUCGAUCUUUGAGGGCAACGCUAUCAUGCAGUACUUGGCCGAGAAGAACGGCUGGACGGACCUCUACCCGGCCGACGCGCGGGCCCACGCCAAGGUGAACCAGUAUCUGCACUGGCACCACACGAACGUGCGUCUCAUCACGCCCAAGGUGCUCGUGCCGCUUAUGCACACGAAGCAGCACUCGGCCACCCCGGAGGAAGCCAUUAUGAUCAAGGAGACGCCGGCGCUUCUCACUAAGCUAUCCGAGCUAAUGGAGAAGUUCCUGGUCAAGGACUUUGUGGCUGAGACCGACCAGCCCACGAUCGCCGACAUCGCCGCCUACUGCGAGCUCGUGCAGGUGGAGUACAUGGGCAUCUAUGAUUUUUCCAAGCACCCCAAGCUCGCGGCUUGGCUCAAGCGUAUGAAGUCGGUGCCCCACCACGAUGAGAUCCAGGCACCUUUGGACCAGUUCCUCACGAGCCUGGAGCUUAAGACCAAGGCCGCGGCUAACGCGUAAGAUCCGAAAAGAUACUCUCUGCUUCUGGUUUUCCUCUGAAACGUAAUACAUCCGAUCGUUCGAUUUUUGUGA